AUGCCUCAUAAACGCGGACAGAAGAGGAAAUUACAUCCGUACAUGGACUCUACGCAUCCCCAAAUGCAGGCCAUUCAUCCCAUGAGCUUUAUGAACCCGAACUUUAUGGGGAUGAUGCAUGGAAACAUGGCCAUGAUGCAACCUAUGUUGCCUCCAAACAUGCCUGUCAUGAAUGCUCAAAUGCCUAUGAUGCAACAUAAUAUGCCUGCAAUGCAGCACAUGUUGCACCAGAACAUGAUGGGAAUGAUGCAUGGAAACAUGCCCAUGAUGCAUUCCAUGAUGAAUGGAAACAUGCCAAUGCAAAUGAUGCAGCCGGGCAUGAUGAUGCCCCAGGUGGGUUCCAUUGGCCCUUUUGGUGGACCGGCAUCGACUGCAAGUGCUCCACUACCAGGGAACAGUGCCUCCAUGGUGGUUGCCUCAUCAAGUGCCAGUGCUCCAAUAGUCACAACUGCUUCAAGUUCUGCCACUGUCUCAAUCGCACCGAGUGCUGCCAGUGUCCCCAGUACACACAGUGCUUCCACCAGUUCACCCAAUGAUGACAUUCUCGAGUGUGCUACAAUCGCCUCCAAUGCUUCAGAGGACUGUUUUUUGGAGGAGGAAGAAGAGGCUGAAAAAACAGAAAUUGUGCAGGGGAAUCCUAAGCAUUGUGGAAUGUACCUGCCAGGCUCGUCUGAGGCUGAUGAUGUAGUCCCCAUUCAAAUAUCGAAGGCAUCAACCUCUAAGGCAGCUGCCAAGCCAACAGAUGCUAAAGCAGGAAGAAAGAAUGGGUCACUUAACAAAGCCACUGUUUCUAAACUGAAAAGAGACGCUGAGGAAUGGGCCAAUAAGGAGCAGUCUUCUGAAGAACCAGCUACCAGGAGAACUAGCCGAAGGCAAGGUGGAAGCACUCGAGACAAGGUUGGGGCCCUGCGCCAGCAGAACCAGCAGAAGGAGUCCCAGCCCAAGGCUACUAGGAACUCAAAAUCCAAACAGCCUGACUUUGGAAAUGAAUUUUCGGAGGAUGAGGAUGAUAACUUAGAAUACUACUGA